AUGGUGUGCAUUCCCUGCAUCAUCAUUCCGGUUCUGCUCUGGAGUCUACAAAAAGUUCCUGGAGCCAUAUAUAUAUACCCUCUGAUAUCCCCCUUUGUUAGUCCCAUGUGGCCUAGGAAAGCCAUACGAGAAUCCAAUGAUAAAAACAAAGGCAAAGUAGACUAUAAGGGUGCAGACAUAAAUGGAUUACCAACAAGAGGAUCAACAGAAAUCUCUGAUAAAAAGAAAGACUAAAGUGACUGUUCCGAAGGAUCUCAUUGUUUUAAAAACGGACCUGAUAAUA